GAUCAGCAGAGAAAAAGGCUGGAAGCAUUCUUAACACAGAAAGAGCAAGUAGGGGAGCUGAAUGCAGAGGACUUGGAGAACCGCGAGCUGGGUGCAGGCAACGGGGGUGUGGUCACAAAAGUAAAACACAAACCCUCCGGGCUUAUUAUGGCAAGGAAGCUUAUCCACCUGGAGAUUAAGCCAGCCAUUAGGAACCAGAUCAUUCGGGAACUGAAGGUCUUACACGAAUGUAACUCGCCUCACAUCGUGGGCUUCUAUGGUGCUUUCUACAGUGAUGGGGAGAUCAGUAUCUGUAUGGAAUACAUGGAUGGAGGUUCGUUGGACUUGAUUCUGAAGAAGGCAGGGAAGAUUCAUGAAAAAAUUUUAGGCAAGAUUAGUAUUGCUGUUUUAAAGGGUUUGACAUAUUUACGGGAGAAGCACCAAAUCAUGCACAGAGAUGUGAAGCCCUCCAACAUCCUUGUCAACUCUCGGGGAGAGAUUAAACUGUGUGACUUUGGUGUCAGUGGGCAGCUCAUAGACUCCAUGGCUAAUUCUUUUGUGGGAACCAGGUCCUACAUGUCGCCAGAGAGACUGCAGGGAACCCAUUACUCUGUACAGUCAGACAUCUGGAGUAUGGGUUUGUCCUUAGUAGAGAUGGCUGUGGGGCGCUACCCCAUCCCACCCCCUGAACCUAAGGACAUGGCAGCCAUUUUUGAUGUACCCCCAGAGUCCUUGGACCCAGACUAUGCUGCAUCCAGCAGUUCUCCCUCACAAGCAGGCAGACCAGCGGGCAGGCCUCUCAGUAACACAUUCAAUAUGCCCCACCCUGGUGGGGAUGGGCCCCGACCUAUGGCCAUCUUUGAACUCUUGGACUACAUUGUUAAUGAGUCUCCUCCCAAACUCCCAAGAAAGAUCUUCACAGACAAGUUCAUUGACUUUGUAGAUAAGUGCUUGGUGAAAAACCCAGCAGAAAGAGCAGAUUUAAAACAGUUGAUGGUUCACCCAUUUAUCAAGAGGUCAGAGUCAGAAGAUGUGGACUUUGCCGGUUGGGUUUGUAAAACUAUGAACCUCCAACCGCGUACCCCUACGCACACCACAGUAUAGGGACUUCCACCAACAUACAACCUAGCUGUAUUUAUGGAAAUGUUAGUGUACAUAUCACUCUUUCACUAUUGGCAACAUGAGUGGCACUUAUAUUGAAGUAGCAAAGGGUGGUAUGCAGGUCACAUAGAGCCUAUCGUAACACGAAUAUUUCUGUGGCUCUUGGGCACCUCUGAAUGAUUGAAAGUGCAUGUAUUGCAGGAAAUGUGACGAAGAUGGUGUGAAAUACAGACUUUUACUAUAAAAUUAACUGAAGCCAUUUUAAUGGCUGCAAUUGUUGUAAUCAAGCAAAGUACUAUUACUUGGACAAUGAGGUGAAUGAGUUGAACUAUGUACAUGGUAUUUUUUGCUAAUGACCAUCCAAUAUAGCAACAUUACCAGAGCUAUACAUUACACUGUAUAUCUGCCAAUGUAGCACAAAUUAACACCUUAUGACGCUUUGCACAUAGAAAAAAGAUAAAUAAUAUAAUAGCAGUCAAAGCUGUCAGAAAAUACCUGGAUAUUGACCAUGAGUGACUGCUAAAAAGGAUUGUCUACUCUUGCGGAAUUUUUUCCCAGUCACAAUUCACAGAUCUGAAGUGUUUUGGUGUUGCUUAACUCAGUAGUAAUGAAAAGGCUGGCUUAUAUAGACUGCACUGUUCUGCAGACAUCCAAAUAAAAGUGAAUAAAUGACAGUGAGACAAUGUAUACAGAACCAGUUAACUUAUUACCUCUGCUAACACUGCCAGUGCAAGGAGGAAGCAGAUGGCAUCUUUUAAUUAAAACUAUGAGGCUAUUGUAUAAUAGAGGCAUUGUUUACUGGUCAACAGAUAGGUAGACUAGAAUAUUGAAAAUGUGUUUCUGCAAAAUAUCUUAAGCAAAGUUAUUAAGAAUGUACAUGUACUUAUUAAUCAGCUUUAUUACUAGUAGUUGUACUUGUGACUGUAAGACUGUGAAUAUUACUAUAUUUACUUGUAUAUAGAAGACAAGUUGCUGUGGGUGUUUUGGGUGGGAACUUUGAAUCUGAAUAAAAGAUCAUGGGACACAG